AUGAAGUCGGGGAAUAGCGGGGAAGGGAAGGGGGGGAGGGGGGGGGGGUAUAUACGGGAAACUGAGAACCAUCUGAGGUUGCUUAGUGCCACUACAAGGGAGAUUGCCGCAUUUUUCAGGAACUUGCAUGGGAUUGAGGAUGCGCAUCGACGCUUUGUCGUGCUCGCAAGUCGAAAAUUUGUGCUGCUGAGGUGCAGCGGCGAAUGGCAUGGCGCGGAUAUCGACGUUGUUUCCGUGGACGACGGCGCUCACGGCGCUGGAUGCGGAGCACGCAAUGCGAUGCGCGAUCCCUGCGAUGCUGCUUUGGACAAGUGGUUGGGAUGGAAAUUGGGGAACGAGGGGGCAAUGAUCAACAGAACUGCUGUGAGCCAGUCGCGGUAG